AUGUCUUAUCCCGGUGGCACAGGCAUCCAUGAGGCUCCAAUGUCUUGUGCUUCUAUGCAUGAAAUACUGACAACCAGUCAAAUCCUUUCGUAUUUCCCACCUCUUGAUGAGAAUGAAAGUGCAAUUACAGACAGCUCCUUGCUGAAUAUCCAGGAUCUCUUCCAAGACGGCGACUUGCAACUUCCUGAUAUCACAUCUCCUACGUGUCAGGGCCCGUUUGUAGAGGCCUACAUGGCAGAGGAUCUCGGCAAUAAUCCAGUUAAACCCCUUCAACAAUGCAGUUACUCUUCAAUCCCCAUACCCGGUUUAAAUGAAACAAAGAUUGACUUUUCCCAAACGGCCGAACGUCUACUUCUCCAGAUGGAAAAGUUCACAUCCACGAUUCAACAAUACGGCGAUUCAGCGACCACAUUGGAGUCAAAGAUAAACGCAUGUACCAACUCCAUUGGCCGCAUUGAGCAGCAUGUGAACGCUAUAGCGCAUCAAGUGGACAAUAUGGAAAAACAGUUAGGUGGUAUGCUAGGUGGCAUGAACCAUCAACUUGGUGAUAUGAACCAAAAGAUACUGAGCCUGGACCUCAAGCUCAAAACUCUAGAUGGCUACUUAUUUGAAAUCGUGAAGCGUGAGAAGGAUAUGAUGAGAGAGUUUUGUGAUUUUGCUGGGAAAUAG